AGGCCAUGUUGUUUUAGGUCGUCUGCUACAAACCCAUUCUCUUCCGCGUUUUAGGAAAAAUCAAAAUGGUGAUUUGAAGAUUUUUCACUCAUGGAAACGUCUCUAUCUUUGUUAUCCGUGGUUAGAUGAACAAUCUUGAUCUAUCUUUCUCUCAGUGAUAAAAUAUCAGGUUCUGUGUUGUGAACGAAUACAGUUGCACAAAUACUGCAAACAACGACUAAACGGAGUGAGCUCACAGUUGCUCAAGGAUCUUUUGCGUGAUAUGUAUAUCAAUUCCGAAAUGAUGACAAUAUCAUAGGUUCAUUCCUUUAAUGAAUGGAUUAUAGGCCUAAGUAUAAACUCAUCAAGUGCACAGUCGUAUACUGAGAGCCGCAAGGUCUUGGGUGUAUGAAUAGAGUAAGGAAUCAGUCAGCCAAUGAAUUCCGGGGUAGAUCGACACCAUCGCCAUCUGUUAACAGCGGGUGGACAUAACAAAUAUGGAACAUUGAACAGUAUUUCCAUUUGGAAGCAUGAUAAAGUGUCUGAUAGAAAGUGCCCAGACUUUCCGAGUACAUGUAACAUAUUGUGCCGAACCUGGCUUGCCACGUCUCCAGGGAUCGUCUUCUGAAAAUUGAUUGUGACAGGUGACAUUGCCCUCACAAUAAAGACAUAAUAUGGUCUUGGUUUAUCGUUCAGGUGCGAUCAAUGUUGACUUGACGUCAUGUCGCACGUGAUGACUAUGAUGCUAAGACAGAACAGUCUGUCAAAGAUUGGCAACAUGCUAAACGCAGCAGUACAUAAAAAUAAAGGGAACGGUGGUGAUAUUCAGUGGUGUUUUUCCCAGGUCAAAGGUACAAUUGAAGACGAAGUAACUGAAGCCGACAUCAUCUCAUGUGUCGAGUUCAAUCAUGAUGGUGAGCUGUUGGCGACUGGCGACAAGGGUGGCAGAGUGGUCAUCUUCCAGAGAGACCAGCUGAGGGAGCCCAAUGUCCCACGUCGUGGAGAGUACAAUGUCUACAGUACAUUUCAGAGCCACGAGCCAGAGUUCGAUUACUUAAAAAGUUUAGAAAUAGAGGAGAAAAUUAAUAAAAUAAAAUGGUUGAGGAGGACCAAUCCAGCCAACUUUCUCUUGUCAACAAAUGAUAAAACAAUCAAAUUGUGGAAAGUGUCUGAACGCGACAAGCGACCCGAAGGCUACAACCUGAAAACUGAAUUUGGUGAACUCCAAGCCAACAAUGUGACGUCUUUGCGGGUGCCUGUCCUCAAGCCGAUGGAGCUAAUGGUUGAAGCUAGUCCAAGGAGAAUCUUCUCAAAUGCCCAUACCUACCAUAUUAAUUCUAUAUCAGUCAAUAGUGAUCAGGAGACGUACAUGUCUGCUGAUGAUCUCAGGAUUAAUCUGUGGCACCUAGAAAUUACUGAUCAGAGCUUCAUUAUCGUUGACAUCAAACCAGCCAAUAUGGAGGAGCUGACCGAAGUCAUUACAGCGGCAGAGUUCCACCCGACGGAAUGUAACGUGUUUGUUUAUAGUAGCAGCAAAGGCACUGUUCGAUUAUGUGAUAUGAGAGCUCAGGCACUAUGUGAUCAACAUGCCAAAUUAUUUGAGGAACCUGAGGACCCAACAAACCGUAGUUUCUUCUCCGAAAUCAUCUCUAGUAUAUCGGACGUCAAGUUUAGUCACAACGGUCGCUAUUUAAUCACACGGGACUACCUCUCAGUGAAAGUGUGGGACUUGCACAUGGACACUAAACCCAUAGAAACUUAUCAAGUGCAUGAAUACUUGCGGAGUAAACUCUGUGCAUUGUAUGAAAAUGAUUGUAUAUUUGACAAGUUUGAGUGUGCCUGGAGUGGCAAUGACAGGCACAUAAUGACAGGAUCGUACAACAAUUUCUUCCGAAUGUUCGACAGGGAAACAAAACGUGACACGACAUUGGAGGCAUCAAGAGAAAACAUGAAGCCACGCACCGUUCUCAAACCAAGAAAAGUCUGUGCUGGUGGCAAACGGAAGAAAGAUGAAAUUAGUGUGGAUUGCCUGGACUUCAAUAAAAAAAUAAUCCAUACUGCUUGGCAUCCUUUAGAAAAUAUUAUAGCAGUUGCAGCCACUAAUAAUUUAUAUAUAUUUCAAAGCAAGGACUAGUACAAAUGAUGCCUAGGAUUUUUCAAUUGAUAAGAGGGGAAAAUGUGGCAGUGCUGGUCUGCUGGUUGCACUUCUGUACUUGGCUGUUCUCUUAUCUGUGGCCACUGGGCAUUGAAGCUUGUUCAAGGUACAGUCAGUGUUCAUAAAUGGACUAUUUGCUGCACUCAAACUCAAGAUAAACAUGCUAUACUUGAGAGUACUUCGCUGAUAAUGAGUUGCUUCUGUUGGCUGCAGUAUCGGUGCAUGAAGUAAACUAUCAAUUGUGCAUUCCAUGGGCAUGCAUAUCUAUUGUCUUAUCGUCCACCUAUAACAUAUUUUUGGUCGAAGCUGGUGUUCAAAAUAUUGAUACAGCAAAUGCAAUCAAGGAAAGGUCUUUCCGCAUUGCCUUUUAGAUCGGUGACAGUUAGACAGACCUCAAAACCGUAGAAGUUGCAUUUCUAAUGGCCAACACGCAAAAGCAGGAAAGGCUCAGAUUUUACUCAAAACCGGUCUAAUUUCUACUAAAUGUAACUUCUACAGUUGUGCGAAUAUUGUAGUUAGGUUUAAAGAAUAGGCUGUAUCGUCUCCCACCGUUUAAAAUGUUCCUCUGAACAUGCACAAAACCUGAGGAAUUGGUUAUGGGGAAUUUGGCUUCAAAAUAUGUCCCAGAUAUCUGAUACUUUGUACUCUGAAAAAGCUUGAUUCUCUCUUACUGGUGAAGUCUUUGAAUAUAUGGUGCUAUUUUUAACAUAGCAUAGACUUUAGAUGACGCUUGUAACAAUCAUUUACCGGUUCAAAUAUAAAAUAAAACUGGGGUUGUUUUUCAUUCAAGGCACUUAGCUGCAGGAUUGUCCAGUUGUUUUUUUCUGUCAACCUGAUUUGGGCAAUUUGCUGGCACGUGUUUAUGUUUUAUACACCUGACUGAAUUAUCCUACAUUUCUUUUGUCUCAUUUUGAAAUUUCAUGAGCCACUUAAAUGAUGUCCAACAUCUAGUCCCCAAAAGGGUACUGUUCAGCUACAUUGCAUAUCUUUUCACAUGUUUUCUAUGUUGAGAGUUGGCUACUUCCUAAUGAAUUGUCACUUGCUGGCACUAUCUUCACUGCCAAAGCUUAAAGAUUUUCAUUGCAUUUCACCUUUUGUAAUAGUAGAUGAGUUGACUUGCUUUUGGGCCACGGGUGCACUUGGGGGUGGCAGUAGGGCAAGAUUUCUUCAUGUCCACUGAACAAAUUAUUUACCUGCAGAGUUAAGGUGUGUUUUUUGAAUUUGCAUAAAAACUGGAAUUGGUUUACUACAUGUACUUAGUGCAUCCGAUGGCCCUUAGCCUUGUUCAGUUUUAUAGAAUGUGCUACAACCCUUGCACCUAUAUCUGACUUGGACCUUUGUGCGCUUGUAAGCCUUUGCACAACAUUUCUGAUUUGGAACAAAAUACUAGUAUUGUAUAGUUAGUAGGUAGAAUUAGGGGUGUUUGAGUUAAUAAAUUUCGUUUGGCAAGACCAAGAAUUGAUAUAGACUGAUUGGUGCACUGAUCGACUUUUCUGAUGAAGUAUAAAUAGAUACUAUCAUUGCAGUUGAUUGACGGGAAUUCUUGACUCCCACUUAGAGGAAUAAUGUGCUACUUUCAUUGAAUUUCCCUGUUGAUCACAAAUAUUCCAUUUCAGUACACGUGUUGUGUCAUUCUAUGACAACAAAUCUUACAAAUCUAACUCAUGCUUUUGUUUAUAACUAUUACAUGUACAUUCCAUUGAAGUAUUAUGCUGCUUUAAAAAAUGGUAAGAAAUACUCCUUUCCCGACCAGAUCGGAAUGAAAUGACACCACGUUGACCAGAAUACGUUGCUAUUUGAAUGGCAAGUACUGAUUCUGAUGAAUGAAAAACUUGUGCUAACAGGCUCUGUUAUUAACUAAUGAAAGGUUUUUUGUUACUUAAAAUGUAGACUUGAAUUGUGACUUAAUAGUCUUCUGUGGAAUUUUGAUGAAAUUUCUAAAGGGUGAUAGUUUUCCUCUUGGCAUUCCCAAAUGAUGUACUUGUUUACUGUCGAUCGACGGCAGUUUUGGGAAGACCCUUGGUUUUGUGUGCGAUGCGUUGUCCUAUCAUGCCUUGAGGCUUAACAGGGUUUGAUUGCAAAGGGAAUGAGUGGCGAAGAAAUAUUAAAACACUACAUCACAUGUAAUGUAAUGUUAUGUCAUUUCAUAAUUCAUAUUUCAUAAUUCUUGCUCCAAUGCAAAAUUCUACACUCCUUUAAGAAAUUUCACAGAAUUCAUUUGUUCUCGUUUUGACUCUGUUGGUGCCCAGCAAGUUCCCUGCAGACCAGCAAACUGAACAAUUUGUAUAUACCUAUGUUGUCUUUGUAUGUAUCUAAUAAUUAUUUUAUAUGUGCUCAAUACUUUGCAUCAUGUCUUGCAAGAAAUGCACAACUUGCCUCUUCAAGAACUGGGAAGAUUCCUGUUGUGGAAAUUUGGAAAAGGUGCCUUGAAAUGCCAAGAGUUCAUAAUGUUUGGCAGGACUGAUUAAUUAAUUUAAAUCGAAAAAUUCCUGUGUAAGCUUUCCCCGUCUGAUGCAUUGUUAACUCCAGAAACAGCUGAAGGAAAUAAUUUCCAAUCACAAUUUGUUAUGUAUGAUUGAUAAAUGAAAUUGCCUCCAAUGGAAGCAAUAUAUCUUUGCAGUCGUUAGCUCCGCAAUGUUAAGAAAUUUUUCAUAUUGAGAGAAAUUUUCUAUGGUUUAUGGCCAAGCGACUUGUGUCAAAUACGGUCGAGGUAUGCUUCAAAAUAUUGCAUGUCAUUCAUUGAAAUGAGAGUGAUAUCAAAUAUUUCUCAACAUCUCGAACCAUAGUUUUAGUUCUGACACUUGCUACUGUAUAUUCUCCCUGUUCUUGAAGGGUUCGUUCUGUGCUCUGCGUGUAAAUACAUAUAUUGAUCAAACUAACCUACGGAAACUUUGUAUUCAAUCUUGCCAUGGUGAUUGCCGAAUUCAGUUACAAUUCUAUUGGGAGCUGAUAGAGAUCGGUAUAGAAGGUUGCUUGUCAAAUUCCUGAUAGGAUGCAUUCUGUAAAAGAAACUUAGCCAUGGCUUUGGGAGAGAAAGAAUGAAAUAAUUUCUAAGCAAAGUGGGUAAUAGAAUGUUGCCGUCUUGAGAGUGCAAGCUAGGUUAAUAUUUGAAUUUUACCCUGUAGAAUGUUUGCAAUGCACCAUAUGUAUUCAGACCCCUUGCUUGCAGGAGUCACGGUUAAAAGACUGUCAUGCCUAGGUCGUACCUGUCUGUGUGCAUCGCAGCUUUCAGGUGAUGACUUCAGGAAUUUGUUAUCUAACUUUGACCAAUUUCAUCUGAACUUAAAAUGGCAAGACCACUGUCUACAGUGUACAUAGAGCAGAGGGCUCCACCUACAGUGUACAUAGAGCAGAGGGCUCCACCUAAACAAAUUUGUACAGAAGUGGCCAUCCUUUUCAAUUCUAACUCCUGCCCUUACACCACUGUCUCAUAUAAACCGUUACUUCUCAUCUGUGAGUUCAGUGAAGUGUAGUUGCUCUGUUCCAGUUGUACUUGUGAAUAAUAAUUUGUGCUGAACAUUAUUCUGUUGUCUUGCAUUCCAUCUGCUUAGUAAGCAAAAUAACUGUCCGUUGUUUUGACUAGCAAUGCUUGUCCUAUAUUGUAAGAGGUUAGGUUGGGCUCCCAUGUUCUCUGUUAAACUCUGAAAUGCAUGAAAAAGACGUAAUAAAUGUGAGUUUGAACAAGC